AUGCCAUUAUUUUGGUUAAGUUUUGGAUGCCGGCAUCAGAGUACCGCGAGGGAUUUUCAUCACAGAGACAAUGCACUGUCCGGUACCGUGUUCAGACUGGCGGUCUGCGUCCCACGGCCGUGUACGAUUAAGGAGGCUGUAAGUGCGUUACUUUUUAACGUCAGCUCAAUCGGGUUCCAGUACGGUGAGGAGUUCUGUCGUCUACCCAACGACAAACCGUGGGUGUUAGCCGAUUCCGUUGCAGUAUUAUUUUUAUCGAUGAUUGCCAUUUUGACUUUACUGAGCACCUCAUACGAGCUGUUUUACAUUUUCGUCUUGAAGCGUGAUGCAAACGGCGCGAACAUCCACUUUAGGGCAUUCUCUGUUUACACCAACACGCAACGUUUGAUCAGCUUCCCGCAAAAUGCGGAUACACUGGAAUGCCUUGAUGGAAUAAGAACCAUUACGACGGCGUGGGUCAUCUUCAGUCACGUCUUCUCGUCUCUUUCGUUCUUGCAAAACCCCUAUGAAGAAUGGGCGUGGAUGCUAUCGGCUGGUGGUCUUUGGAUCACGGCUGCACCGGUUACUGUGGACACGUUCUUCGUUAUGACCGGCAUCCUUUUGGUUUACACGACCGCCAAGAAAAUGGACGGCAUGACACUAGUGAGGAGACUCCAUCUGUUCUACUUGAACAGGAUGUUGCGUAUGCUCCCAUUGCUCGCUACGGCCGUGAUUUUGGACGCAUCGCUGUUCCACAAGAUAGCGGAUGGGCCGUACUGGACUCCGGUGGCCACAAACGCCGAGAGGUGCAGGAUUUUCUGGUGGACGACGCUGCUCCACUUGCAGAACUAUCUCAACCCCAGGAAGAUGUGCGUCCCUCAUUCGUGGUACGUUGCACUGGACAUACAACUGCACAUUCUAUCGCCCGUGCUACUCUUCUGGCUGCUGAAUGGCAGACAGCAAACGGCCUGGUCGGCGGUAGUGGCAACACUGGCCGUCGCGAUGGGCGCCUCGGCCAUUUAUAAUUGCGCCUUGGAGUUGCCAUCCCACACUUUUUCACCAUCACGUGAUAGCCAGCUGUUCGACUACAUGACGAAGUAUUACUUCCACGUGAUGUCGCGAAUCACCCCGUUCCUGGUUGGCAUGGCAUUUGGCUACUUGCUGCAUCUAUGGCGCAGGAGGAUAGUAAUAAUGAAUAAAAUCGUAGCCGUUUGCCUGUGGGCACUCACCUUCCUGGUGAUGGGCUUCACGCUGUACAUGCUCUACCGCGUGAAGCAGCUGAACUGGAAUAACCAAGCAGUGGACACUGCCUUGAACAUUCUGAUGCGGCCGGCGUGGGCAGCCGCCGUUGGCUGGAUGGUCCUCGCCUGCGUGCAUGGAUACGGAGGUGAGAAGAAGACGAGAGAUAGAGAGAAAGACAUGAAGAAAGGAAGAGAAAGAAAGUGCAGAAUGAGCGUGGAAGCUGAUGAGUUAGAUAGAGGAAAGCAUAUAAAUGAAAUGAUAUUAGAUUUUUCCACAGGUCCCAUCGACUGGUUCCUGUCCUUACCCAUGUGGCGACUGCCAGGGCGGAUCAGCUACGGAAUGUACUUGUUCCACUACCCCAUAAUGUUCGUAGUCAACGGCACCGCCGUAUCGUCGCCGUAUUUCUCCAUUCCGAACUAUCUGUUCCAAUGCCUGGCGCAUAUGGCGAUUUCUUUUGUAGCCUCAUUCGUUCUAACCGUGACAAUAGACGCGCCGUUUACUAUUAUCUUCAGGCGUCUUCUAGACAGAGGUAUGACACAAACAAAAUGGAAGCGAGUGGAGCAGUUAGAGGCACACGAAUUAGCGCCAAGGACAAAUUUCCAU